CGGGGCCGGAAGGCGGAAGGGCCAAUCGGAUUGCCUGGCGGAGAGCCACGCGUAGGAGUGGCGCAUCGCUGAACGCGGGCGGGAGUUGAAAGACGUGGGGAUGGUUGUUGCAAAGUAUAAAGGUUGGGUCUGAGGACGGUGCUGGAGGCUGUUAGUUCCUAGCAAGGCAGGCGGAAGUUCAACAGGUGCAGAGCCUCCAAACUCUUGGUUGGGUCUGCCGCUGGGGGUCAGGCAGCUGUCCCCGUUGAGUGCCUACCUGCUGCGUCCCGGAUUCUGCAGAGCUUCCAAGGAGCAAUGGAGAAGUUAAAGCAAACGGUGGAGCAGGCCCGGGUGGCCUUCAACACGGGCAAGACCCGCCCGUUGGCUUUCCGGAUGCAGCAGCUGAAGGCCUUAAAGAAGAUGGUGCAGGAGAAAGAGAAAGAAUUCUCCGCAGCCCUCAAGGCGGAUCUCAACAAGAGUGAAUACAACAGCUUCAGCUAUGAGUUUCUGAUCGUGCUGGGAGAGAUCGACUUGAUGAUGGACAAGCUUCCCGACUGGGCGAGCCCACAGGCCGUGGAGAAGACCAUCCUCACGCUGAGCGACAAGACCUACAUCCAUCGUGAGCCCUUCGGUCUGGUCCUGCUCAUCGGGGCGUGGAACUACCCCUUCGCCUUGAUCAUGCACCCUCUGAUAGCCGCCAUUGCUGCAGGCAAUGCUGUGGUGAUCAAGCCGUCGGAGGUCAGUGAAAACACAGCCAAGAUGUUUGAAAAGCUGCUCCCUCAAUACAUUGACAAGGACUUGUAUCCGGUUGUCAACGGGGGAGUGCCGGAAACAACGGAACUGCUGAAGCAAAGAUAUGAUCACAUCUUCUAUACCGGCAACAGCGUUGUGGGCAAAAUUGUCAUGGAAGCUGCCUCCAAGCAUCUCACCCCCGUCACUCUUGAGCUGGGAGGGAAGAGCCCCUGUUACAUCGAUGAGGGCUGCAAUCUUGAGGUGGCUUGCAGGCGGAUUGCCUGGGGGAAGUACAUGAAUUGUGGCCAGACCUGCAUCGCUCCGGAUUAUAUCCUAUGCAAUCCAUCCAUUCAGAAGACCGUCGUGGAGGCCCUUAAAAAGAACAUUAAGGAAUUUUAUGGCGAGAACAUCAAAGAUUCCCCGGACUACGAGCGGAUUGUGAACAAGCGGCAUUUCAAGCGGCUGAUGGGCCUGUUGGAAGGGCAGAAGGUGGCCUUCGGGGGAGAAAGUGACGAGUCUGCCUGCUUCAUAGCUCCUACAAUCCUCACGGACGUCAAUCCGGAAGCCCGAAUCAUGCAGGAAGAGAUUUUCGGUCCGCUCCUGCCCAUUGUGGCAGUGAAGGGAGUAGAAGAAGCCAUCCAGUUCAUCAACCAGCGGGAGAAGCCCCUGGCCCUCUACGUCUUCUCCAGCAACAACAAGGUCAUUGAUAAAAUGAUUGCUGAAACCUCGAGUGGCGGAGUUACCGCCAACGAUGUCCUUAUGCACUUCUCCAUUCCUGGUUUACCUUUUGGAGGCGUUGGUAACAGCGGCAUGGGCGCCUACCAUGGCCAUUUCAGCUUCGACACCUUCUCCCAUCGGCGCGCCUGCCUCAUCCGGACGUUCAAGAUGGAAGCUGCCAACAGUAUUCGGUACCCCCCGAACAGCCAGAAGAAGGUGGAUUGGGCUAAAUUCUUCAUCCUGAAGAAGUUCAGCAUGUGGAAGUUUGGCCUGGUCGCCCUGGCGCUGCUGGGGAUUGUGGCCGCUAUUGUGAUCAAGGUUGUCCUUUUCUGAGAGGGAGAUUCCGCAGCGGCCAUAACACAACGUUGAUCCAGGCGGAGUUGUGUGUUUGUGUGUAUGCCUGUCGGGUUUUUCUAACACUAACUUACAAGAGUUAACGCAAUUUCUUCUUAAUCAUUCAACACAGAGAGCAGAAGCACCAAAGGCCGAUUCCUUGGGUGAGAAUAUAUCUUAUAUAAAUAUAUAUUCUUCUAUAUCUUCUCUCCGGGAAGGGACAAUUUGCACCAAAGAAAAGAGAGAACAGAAUUUCAAGGAAAAGAGAUUUAUAAGCAGAGAAGCUAGAAAGAGGCCCCCAUUGUUGAAUUUUCAAGAUAUUUUUCUUAAUUGAGUCUUUUUUAAAGGAAGCUUGUUCUGUGUGAGGUGGGGGGGAAAUAAAAUUUUCAUUGCCUUUUGGGAGAUAGCAGCUUCUUAACAAUUUUUCUUUUCUUUUCUUUGAAAGGAGCAAUCAAACCUUUUGCAUUUUAUAGCCGUGUUAUGGCAGAGAAUAAAAUGGGGACCCGUUUGCACUGAU